GGCGGCCCUCGGCGCCCCGCCCUUCACGGGCCCGCCCCCGGCUCCAUCUUGCCCGAGAUCAGUUUGGGACGAGACGCUGCUCCACCGGGUCAGAAUGUCGUACCCGGGCUAUCCCCCCACAGGCUACCCAGCUUUCCCUGGAUAUCCUCCUGCGGGUCAGGAGUCAUCUUUUCCUCCUCCUGGUCAGUAUUCUUAUCCUAGUGGCUUUCCUCCAGUGGGAGGAGGUGCCUAUCCACCAACACCAAGUAGUGGCUACCCAGGAGCUGGAGGCUACCCAGGAGCUGGAGGCUACCCUGCCCCUGGAGGCUAUCCCAGUGCCCCACAGCCAGGGGGAGCUCCAUCCUAUCCUGGAGGCCAAGGGUUUGGAGCCCCACCAAGUGGAGCAGGCUUUUCUGGCUAUCCACAGGCACCCUCACAGUCUUAUGGCGGGGGCCCAUCCCAGGUCCCACUACCUGGUGGUUUUCCUGGGGGACCGAUGCCUUCUCAGUACCCUGGAGGACAAGCUCCUUACCCUAGUCAGAUCAAUACAGAAUCCUUACCUUCCUAUCUUGUUUCCUCUCCUGUUUCUGUGGAUUAUAGCAGUGAACCUGCUUCGAUGACUCAGGGAACUCAAGGAACAAUCCAACCUGCUGCCAACUUCGAUGCCAUGAGAGAUGCAGAAAUUCUUCGUAAAGCAAUGAAGGGUUUUGGUACAGACGAACAGGCAAUUGUAGACGUUGUGGCCAAUCGUUCCAAUGAUCAAAGGCAAAAAAUUAAAGCAGCUUUUAAGACCAUGUAUGGCAAGGAUUUAAUCAAAGAUCUUAAGUCAGAGUUAAGUGGAAAUAUGGAAGAACUGAUCCUUGCCCUGUUCAUGCCACCUACAUAUUAUGAUGCCUGGAGUUUACAGAAUGCAAUGAAGGGAGUAGGAACUCAGGAACGUGUAUUGAUUGAAAUUUUAUGCACAAGAACAAAUCAGGAAAUCAGAGAAAUUGUCAGAUGUUAUCAAUCAGAAUUUGGACGAGACCUUGAAAAGGACAUUAGGUCAGAUACAUCAGGGCAUUUUGAACGUUUACUUGUAUCCAUGUGCCAGGGAAAUCGCGAUGAGAACCAGAAUGUUAACCACCAGCUGGCUCAGGAAGAUGCUCAGCGUCUCUAUCAGGCUGGUGAGGGGAAAUUAGGGACAGAUGAAUCUUGCUUUAACAUGAUUCUUGCCACAAGAAGCUUUCCUCAGCUGAAAGCUACCAUGGAGGCCUAUUGCAGGAUGGCUAAUCGAGAUUUGUUAAGCAGUGUCGGCCGUGAGUUUUCUGGAAGUGUUGAAAGUGGUUUGAAGACCAUCUUGCAGUGUGCCCUGAACCGCCCUGCCUUCUUCGCUGAGAGGCUGUACCAUUCUAUGAAAGGUGCCGGCACAGAUGACUCCACCCUGGUCAGGAUUGUGGUCACUCGAAGUGAGAUUGAUCUUGUACAAAUAAAACAGAUGUUCAGUCAGAUGUAUCAGAAGACCCUGAGCAAAAGGAUUGCAAGUGAUACGAGUGGAGAUUACCGAAGGCUUCUUCUGGCCAUUGUGGGCCAGUAGGAGAGAUUUUUUUAAAUAAGUGAAGCUAUUCAGAGCUUAUCCUUCAAAGCAAUGACUGACCUGCAUGCAGCAACAUCAAUCCUCACCUAACCAAAAGAGCUUUGUACUAAAGACUGUGUCAGGGUAUUGUGCUUGGUUUGCACAUGUGGUUAUUGCCUUAAUUCCAAUGUUAUUUUUUUCUCUAUAUACGAUCAAGUAAAGCCAUAUCACAAUGAUGAAGUAAUAAUGCAAUGUUUGUAAAGCAUAAUUCUCACUGCUCUUAUUCUAAAUAGGAUACCAAAUUGAAUAAAAGUCACAACAGUCUGUAAUUCUGUGUAAUAAUAUUGAAUAAAAAAUUCAAUAUUGAAUAAAUUUGAAUAAAUAUUGAA